ACCUCGUAAUUUUGUUGCCCUGUUAACGCUGGUGUUCCGCGACCUAUAUGGAAUGACUUGUCACUGAGUUAUAGCGCGGUCACUAAGACGUACGGAACAGAUUGAGCACGUAGUCACAGAGAACUAUCAAACGGGGCGAUUGCUGGAUCCGAACUGUAUUUUUGGCUUACACGGGGCCUAAAGAAUAUUUGUUUCUUUCGUCUAGGACGCACACCAGCAACAAUUAAAUUCUGUAAGAACUCGAGCAGGAAAAGAAAGCGUUUGUCGACUGUACGGGACUUCUGGCCAGAAUUUAACUCAGCCGUUUUUUGCGUCUUUAUCCGUUCUUCUGCCUUUUCUCGGGUCGACAUUAAAAGACUUAUUUUUUCCUGAGCUGAGACUCUAAAUUUUGUUCUAUUUUGCAAAGUUUCUUAAAGAGUUCCAGUAUCUUUCAGGUUUUCACUAACUUAUAUUACCUUACUGCUGCGGUUUUUUUCUGUGGGUGAGGAACGCAAAGCACUUAAGUUUUUUGAACGCGUCUGUGAGUGACCUUAAAGUUGUAACUGUUGGUUGCUGACGGUAUAGUCUCGACUGACACAUAUCCUGUGACUUCUUACUGCAAAAACUGCGUUUUCGCGUAUCAGUCUUAUAUUAGCCCCGCUUGUUCUUUCGAUUUUUUUUUCCUGUAGUGGCAUGCUACAAAAUAUCAGACAGGCGAAGUAGUUUUCUUUUGAGAAGUCUGCUGUAACAGCGUUCUUUUGCCCCGUGUUACAUCCGUUCCACGUGAAAUACGCUGUUUCUAGGGCUUUCUUUCAUUUUGCUGGCUUCUGGAUACAACAAAAUACAGCCAGCUCUUCAAAUUACAAGAGUGCCCUCCCACUGCAGAUGCGUGAAUCUGUCAUUUCCACAAAUUACUGAAGAAUUUAACACACAAAUUUCAUUGCCGUUAAGAAUGAAACUCAAAUAAAUGCAGUGUAUUCACAAACUAGUUCCAGAAUAACCGAGGUAAAUACAUCCGCACAUAAACUCAAACUGAUCGACUAUAAUUUAAUGCCAACUUCAAUCAAGAAUUACACAGUGGUUUCUACAUUUUUCUAUCCAUUGUUGCCAACACGCUCUUCAUAUGCGAGCCUGCAGUUGCUUUUGAAAAAUAAGUGCUGUAGACGGAGUUAGUGUUACUGUUUCUUUUAAUCACUUUCAUUCUUCUCCAUAAGAGAAGGCCAUUGAGAAGUUUUGUUCUAUCGGUGUGAAAUCUACUUCUUUCUGUUGUAGGACAAUUUUUUUAAGUUUGCGGAGGUUGUUUCAUUUUAGUCUCGCCAUGAACGGGUAUCUGUGGAGCAGACAGUAACUUUUGUCAGGCUACCGUGUAAAGCAUGUCUGGAAUGUCUCAUCUUAGGCCCGGAUGUGUCAUUAGUCUAACGCACGGCUGACUGAACCGGCGAUAUAGGAGCGACGUGUGCCUCGUACCCCACCGCAGAACAUUCCGUGACUUUUACGAUUAGUGCAAAUGUACUACAGAGGUAUUGACUGUCACUUGCGGUUUACAUUCAGGGCCUUGCGCGAGUGAGCGCUAAGUGGCAGUCGCAGGUGAAGGGAGUGUCGGAAACGGAGCAUCGAUCUGGACGGGGGUGUGAGUUUUGGGACAGAGUGCGGCGCCAUGGGCAGCCGCCUCCACGCCGACGCUACGCCGCCCCCGCCGCCUCCGACGCCGCCCCCGGCGGCGUCCGGCCCCGGGCAGGCACCCGUACCGCUGUCGUUCGGCGUGGAGCGCAUCCUGUCGGGGGCGUUCCCUCGCCGCCGCCCCCACUCGCCACCCCCGCUGCUGCCGCCCCCGCUGCCGCCGCCCCCACACUGUGCCGCCGUCGCAGUCCCCACACCAGGUUUCCCCGUGCCGUGCGCAGAGUGCGUCAGCUCGCUGCUGAGGUGCUGCCGCCUCAGCGACGCCGCGCACCAGCAUCAACAUCAACAUCAACAUCAGCACCGCCACCAGCACCAGCAUCAGCGUCAGCACCAACACCAACAUCAGCAUCAGCAGCAGACGUACACGGUGCACAGCCCGCGCCCCAUACGGCCCUACACCAACAUCUUGCAGCUGUCCGAGGGGCACGGCUCUCCACCCGCAGUCUCCGGCGCCCUGCACGUGCACGCGGGGGCGGUAGGCGGGGGCGGCGGCGGCGGGGGCGGUGCGGGGACAGCAGGCGGCGGUGGCGCGACCGGGGGCGGCAAGCGCAAGCGGUCGUGGUCGCGCGCUGUCUUCUCCAACCUGCAGCGCAAGGGCCUGGAGAAGCGCUUCCAGCUGCAGAAGUACAUCACCAAGCCGGACCGGCGGCAGCUCGCCGCCACGCUCGGCCUCACCGACGCGCAGGUGAAGGUGUGGUUCCAGAACCGGCGCAUGAAGUGGCGCCACAGCAGGGAGGCGAAGGCGGCGUCCGCGCCGGCGCCCGCCCCCGCCGCCCCCGCCACCGGAGACGCCGCCGUCGACUCGACGCAGCGCGACCCGCCCGACGGCGACGGCGACGCGGCGCCCGUGGACGUGCAGGCCAUCGACAGCGGCUGACGCCGACGGCCGUGGCGUGGCAGGAUCAGGUCCUGCAGGAAGCGGCCCUUCGCUGCAGCCCAGCCACCCGGCGG